CAUUUUAUUUUGGUGUUUGGUUCUGCUGCGUUGGCCUCCUCGAUGUCAACUGGGUUGAUAACGUUAAUACAACCGACACCUGAGACAACAGCUCACUUAAACAAAGGUUUCGUUUGACCCGUGGGAGUAAGAUGGGCACCGCUGACGAGCGGGCUGCGUGUUGACGUGUUCUCGCGUUACGCGGAGCGACUCGGGGAUGUUGCCUCUUUACGAAAACCCGCCUGCAUCAGGUUCAGGCUGAGUUUUCGAUAUGACGGGCAGUUCAGCACUUCUACGACAAAUACUGACAGCUAUUUUAAAAACUUUCAAAUGAAAAUGGAGGAUAUGCCCCUAUCAGGCUCAGACAACACAAAGCUGGAGACCUUGGUCCAUGACAUCUACUCUGAGCUGGUGGAAGAUGCUUGUUUGGGCCUGUGUUUUGAGGUGCAUCGUGCUGUGAAACAAGGCUACUUCUUCUUGGAUGAAACGGACCAAGAAAGCAUGAAGGAGUUUGAAAUUGUGGAUCAGCCAGGACUGGACAUAUUUGGGCAAGUAUACAAUCAGUGGAAGAACAAAGAGUGUGAGUGCCCCAACUGCAAAAGACUCAUAGCGGCGUCUCGCUUUGCUCCGCACUUGGAGAAAUGUCUUGGUAUGGGACGCAACAGCAGCCGCAUUGCCAACCGCAGACUGGCCACCAAUAAUAACAUGAGCAAGUCAGAGAGUGACCAGGAAGACAAUGAUGACCUAAAUGAUAACGACUGGUCGUAUGGGGCAGAGAAGAAAGCAAAGAAGAGAAAGUCUGAUAAGAAUCAAAAUUCUCCCAGAAGAUCCAAAUCUCUCAAACACAAAAAUGGUGAGCUCGGGAGCACGGUCAGCUCUGAGACCUACAAGUAUACCUACAACACUGGCAUCAGUUAUGAGACAUUAGCGCCUGAGGAGGUCAGAUCCCUUUUAACAACGCAAUGUGGAGUGAUCUCUGAGCACACCAAGAAGAUGUGUACCAGGUCUCAGCGAUGUCCCCAGCACACGGACGAACAGAGGAGGGCCGUCAGGGUGUUCCUCCUGGGGCCGUCCGCGCCGCUGCUGCCUGAUGCAGACGCUGUGGAGGAGAGCGACAGCUUUGACAUUCCUGAUGGACAGACCCUCAUAAGCCACCUGCAGUGGGAAGACUCCCCCGACGUCUCACCCACCGACUCUGCCUCGUCCAAAGCCAGCACCAACCAUUCAGAUUCGAGGAAGCCCAAGAAAAAGAAGAGGGCGUCUCUUGGUUUGAGCAGUGGAGGAGGAGCGAGCAUCGGUGGGAGUCUGACCGGCGGCGGCAGCAGCUCUCAGAGUAAUAUCGGCUUACCAGCCAAAAAAAAGAGGCCCAAAGUCCCAGCACCUUCCAUUUCCAGUAUCUACGAUGACUUAAACUAACAGAAACCUUCUGUUCAGCGAGAUUUACAGGCACCUCACUUUUUUUUUUCUUAAACUUGGUUUAAAAUGUCUCAACAUAACCGCCAAUGUGGACGACUGAACAGUCCACCUGUAUGUGAUGCUUCACAAGAUCAUUCCGAAACAAGAACUCCACACAACACUGCUCCCAGAUUCUGCAGCGCUGCUGCUGGGACGUCCUGCUGCCGUGGGAACCAGUGCAGUCAGAUUCUGUUGAGGCCAAUCACUUCACACUAUACAAGGAAACCGGCUCCUUGCAGGGCUUUGAUUCCUCUUGAACUGAAAUUAUGAGGCCGAGGCCCAAAUCAUGGGAACCAGAAACAGAUGCACCCUUAAACGUUUGCAUUUAAUGCCCAAAGCUGUAGAAAUGUCCUGUAACACUGGGUUAACGCUUUGGGAUAAAAAGGGAUUGGUACCAGCUUAUGGUGUGAAACAGCUCAAAAAUAAAAAAAACUGCUCCACAAAAUCAACAGUAAAAACAUCACCCACAGUUGAGUUUUUCUUAACUACUUGUAUUAUCAAAACAAUUGGAUUGACUUCCCACAUUAUGAUCAGAAGAUGACGUGGAGCACUCCCCAGUGACUUUUUAAUGGGAUUGCGUUGUAUUGCACAUGUGUGUGUCUGUGUGUGUGUGUGUGCGUGUGCAUCUGUGUGAAAGCUUGGAUCCAGUGUGAACGUUGCUUCUUGUGUUUGGAUCACAGGACGUAUAUUUUCACCAAACUAUGCACUCUACAACGUGUCACGUUUGUGAAAGUAUGUGCGUCGCGUUCAGUAUUUGUCUCUUGUUUACAUGGAUAUUUAAGUUCGGACGCCGCUGCCGGAGGCGGCGCCGUUUGUAUAUUGUUUGUGUGUAGAGGCAGGCUCUGCUGUUUGAUUCGGUGGGCUGGUUUAGGGCACGUGGGCAGUACGUGUGACUCCUUCAGUCCUGCAGCUCUGCUCGUCACUCAGCAUCACAGCCCAUGUUUGAUCAUGUAGACGUUUUAGAUAUUUCACUCGCUUCACAGCACCAGUCUUGUACUUGCUGUUUUAUACGAAUCAGAAGACCUUGGUUUAGAAGUGCAUAAGUAAAACUGUAAAACUUAGGGACUGUACAAACAUUUGUUUGCUUUUCUUCCCCUGUAGGACUUGAUCUGUAAUCUUUGGGAGAGCGCAGAACCUCCCAGCUCAGAUUAAACUGUUUCGUUAUCUUCAUGAAAGGUUUAUUGUAAAGGAAGCAAGAAGUGAAUUGUCGAGAGGACAGCGUCUCUGUAGAUGUGGGUCUGUCUGUAGAGUCUGUGAUCCAACAUUCAGAGUCAGAACCAGAGAUAACGUUUUUUUCACAAACCAAAGCCUGAACAUCAACUGCAGUUCAGUUAACUGCAAAUAGUUAAGUCUGAGAUGAGGAUGUUAUUAAUUAUAGUUAAUGUGUAGCCACAGUUGCUCAUGAUUUGUCUCGGCUCCCUCUGAAACCUGAAUCUGCUUUUUUCCCUGUUUGUUUGCUUCACCUGUAUCAAUGACUUAAUAUAGUGAACCAACACACUCCCUUUACUGAGCCCCUUCACUUAUCAAAGGCUCGAAUAACUUUAUCCAACAGCCAGUAAUAUAUUUGAGGAUAAAGUAAACUAGCUGGAGGCCUUUAACUACAUGAAGUUGAGCCCCUCAGUCAUGUUUGUACAGUCCCUAAAUUAAAGCACGUUUGUUUGAAAGCUCAAUUUAUUUCCAGUGCUUCAUCUUGUGUCCAGUAACAUUAACUGUGCUUUUUUUUGAGAGUUUGAUGUGCACUAAAGAUAAAUGAGCCUUUAUUUAGCUACUUUUGUAGAUCUGGUUUAUUGUUGAGUCACUUGAUGGGAAUGAUUCUAACCUGAGGCUUAUCGUGUAUCUGUGAAUGCAGGUAGAACGUGCACUAUUUCUCUUCUAUAAGCACAAGCAAUUGUGUGUUUGUGCAAAUGACUGUUGUAUCUGAGCUAAUGUGAUACAGGUUAUUUUUCUUCACUGACAUGCAUAGUGAUGUCUGUAUAAAAAUAAACAUGAAGCGUAAUCGCA